AUGGGCAAUAAUUCCUCAUAAAUUGGUAAUGGCUAUGGAUACAGAAUCAUAUCAAUAGAACCCAAUUCAUUUGGAUCUAACCUUAGUAUUAUUGUAAGAUAACAUUAGAUUUGGAAAUCUUUCUAGAUUAUAUCAUCCACAUUAAAUCUAAUUCCUAGGUCAAUUCUAUCAAAUUACUUGAAAGUGAUGAACCUAUAGAGUUGUCUAUUUUUAAUAUAUUUUCAUUGGAGACUAGAAAAAUCUAUAUUUCUGAACCACGAUCCACAAUUAAAUUGGGUCUAUUCAUUAGAUAUGAAUCAAUAAAUCCAUUGAUUUUACAUAUUACUAAAGUAUUAAAUGGUAGUCCUGCAGAAGCAAGUGGACUUAAAAGCAAUUAAGAUUAUCUAUUAGGUGUUAAAUCUCAUAGAUAUUAAUCUAUUGAUGAAUUCUCAGAUAUUGUAACAGGAUAAGCAUAUACAAAAUAAUCAAUUGAAGUAAUUCAUUAUAUUUAAAAAUUAAGCUAUGUAUAUUUUCACCAUUAACUAAAAAAUCACCUAGAAUUGUUAUUUUAAAUCCAAAAUAUAAUUGGGGUGGACCAGGAGCUUUAGGAUGUGAAUUUGCAUCAGGUGCUUUACAUUCUUUUAACUUUUCUUAAUUGAUUAAAUAAUAAGAAGAUAAUGAAUUUAAUUAAGUGUUAAAUAAUGAAGAAGAAUAACUUAAUGAAGAAUCAAAUUAAUAUUAAUAAAUUGAAAAUCAAGAAUAAAAUGAUAUUAUAUAAAACAAUUAAUAAAAUUAAUAAUCAGAACUAAAUAAAUCAAUUCAAAUAGAUAAUACAAAUGAUACUUAAGAACAUUCCAUAAAUUAAUCUUAAAAUAUAAUAAAUUAAUAAAGUAUUAUUAUUCCAUAUAUUAUUUAUAGUUAAUGAAUCUAAAUAAAAUAGCAAUAUAGAAGUAUAAUAUUAAAAUUAAGAAAUUUCUGAUUUCAAAUAGUAAUAACAAAACACAAUUUUGACAGAAUAGGAUAAUUAAUAAAAAUAGAAUUAAGAUUAUGAAUAAAUUUAAUCAAAUAUUCUAUAAUCUGAAAAAUUAUCUAAUUUAAGAUAGUAAGAUGAUGAUGGAGAGAUAAAAGAAGAAUUAAGAAUUUAAAAUGAAUAAUAAUAAUAAUAAUAAUAAUAAUAAUAAUAAUUAGAAAAAGAAGAAGUAAUACAAUAAAUAAAUCAUUAGAAUGAUUCCUUAUAAUAAUAAAAUGCCUAAUCUAAUUUAGAGUAGAACAAAAAUGAAAUAUAAGGUAAGUUUAAAUAUUAUGUAGAUGUUUAAUCUUAGUCAGAUAUCUGUUUAUAAAAUAAUGAUUAGAAACAUAUGAUUGUGGAAUCUGGAAAUUAGAUAGUAUUUAAAUCACCAAAUAGAGAUGAAAUGUAUGUAGUUGAUAAAUAACUAUUGUUUGACAUCUAAUUUGAAGUACCAAAAUAUUAUGUAAAUAUAUAUUGA